AUGUGCGAGGUUUUGGAGUGCAUCAUCCUAGAUCGCCUAAUUCGACACCACGAAGAAACCAUUCGCGACGAGCUAGCAGGCCUGCGCCCUGGUGGAUCAUUGAUUGAUCAGGUGUUUAUUUUGAGAAGAAUGAUUGAAGUGUGGCAGCGGUCUGCGAAGCUUCUACAGCUAGCAUUUUUUGACUUUGAAGCCGCUUUUGACUCUCCUCACCGACUCCGUGUUCUCAAAGCGCUUUGCGCUGAUGUAGUUGCAGUAAAAUUCGCAUCACUAAUGAACAACAUGAACAGAAGAAAAACUGCUGCGGUUCGAACAACAACUGAAUGUACUACAUCGUACAAAGUGGAAACCGCAGUUAGACAAGGGACAGCUGCAAAACUCUUUCUGUGUCGUCGAUGA